CCACUGGGAAGGCCCGAGGAGGGGCUCCAGGGCCAGGUGAGGGGCAGGCGGGACUGUCUGCCUCUGGCUCCUCGGCUGAGGCCGCCCCAGGGAGGGUCAGGCGAGAAAAUUCACCUGUCUCUGCUGCCCGCUGGCCAUGAGUGAACUCCGCUUUUUGACCGCUGCGGGGUCCUCGGAACUGCAGGUAAACAGAAGCUCCCCGUGCUCCCUCGAGGAGGCUCCUGCAGCUGCUUCUAAGCCUCGACACAGCCUGGGCAUUCUCCACGCCUCCUACAGUGUCAGCCACUGCACGGGGCCCUGGUGGGACAUCGCAUCUCGCCGACACAAGUGGACCAAGCAGAUCCUCAAAGAUGUCUCCUUGUACGUCGAGAGUGGGCAGAUCAUGUGCAUCUUAGGGAGCUCAGGCUCGGGGAAAACCACGCUGCUGGACGCCAUGUCCGGGAGGCUGCGGCGCACGGGGACCCUGCUCGGGGACGUGUUCGUGAACGGCCGGGCGCUGCGCAGGGAGCAGUUCCAGGACUGCUUCUCCUACGUCCUGCAGAGCGACACUCUGCUGAGCAGCCUCACGGUCCGCGAGACGCUGUGCUACACGGCGCUGCUGGCCGUCCGCGGCGGCUCCCAGGGCUUCUUCCAGAAGAAGGUGGAGGCAGUCAUGGCAGAGCUGAGUCUGAGCCACGUGGCAGAUCGACUGAUUGGCAACUACAGCUUUGGGGGAAUUUCCCAUGGUGAGAGGCGCCGGGUCUCCAUUGCAGCCCAGCUCCUCCAGGAUCCCAAGGUCAUGCUUUUUGAUGAGCCAACCACAGGCCUGGACUGCAUGACUGCGAAUCAGAUCGUUGUCCUCAUAGCAGAGCUGGCUCGCAGGGACCGCAUCGUGAUCGUCACCAUCCACCAGCCCCGCUCCGAGCUCUUCCAGCUCUUUGAUAAAAUUGCCAUUCUGAGCUGCGGAGAGCUGGUUUUCUGCGGGACACCGGUGGAAAUGCUUGAUUUCUUCAGUGGCUGCAGUUACCCUUGUCCCGAACAUUCAAACCCUUUUGAUUUUUAUAUGGACCUGACAUCAGUGGAUACCCAAAACAAAGAACGGGAAAUAGAAACCUACAAGAGAGUCCAGAUGAUUGAAUCUGCCUACAAAGAAUCAGCAAUGUAUCGCAAAACCUUGGAGGAUAUUGAAAGAACAAAACACCUGAAAACAUUACCAGUGAUUCCUUUCAAAACCAAAGAUUCUCCUGGAGCCCUUUCUAAACUGUGUGUUCUCUUGAGGAGAGUGACGAGAAACUUAAUGAGAAAUAAGCUGGCAGUGGCUAUGCGUCUCACUCAGAAUCUGAUCAUGGGUUUGUUCAUCGUUUUCUUCCUUCUGCGGGUCCAGAACGACGUGCUAAAGGGUGCCAUCCAGGACCGUGUGGGUCUCCUGUACCAGUUUGUGGGUGCCAUCCCGUACACAGGCAUGCUCAACGCUGUGAACUUGUUUCCCGUGUUGCGAGCCAUCAGCGAUCAGGAGAGCGAGGAUGGCCUGUACCAGAAGUGGCAGAUGCUGCUAGCCUACGUGCUGCACGUGCUCCCCUUCAGUGUCAUUGCCACCAUGAUAUUCUGCAGCGUGUGCUACUGGACUCUGGCCUUAUACCCUGAGGCUGCCAGAUUUGGAUUUUUCUCUGCUGCUAUCUUGGCCCCCCACUUAAUUGGUGAAUUUCUAACUCUUGUGCUACUUGGUGUGGUCCAAAACCCAAAUGUGGUCAACAGCAUGGUGGCCCUGCUCUGCAUUGCUGGGGUGCUUGUGGGCUCUGGAUUCCUGAGAAACACAGAAGAAAUGCCCCUUCCUUUUAAAAUCUUCAGUUAUUUUACAUUCCAAAAAUAUUGCUCUGAGAUUCUUGUAGUCAAUGAGUUCUAUGGACAGAAUUUCACUUGUGGCAACUCAAAUGGUUCUAUGUCAACUAAUCCAAUGUGUGCCUUCAGUCAAGGAAUUCAGUUCAUUGAGAGAACCUGCCCAGGUGCAACAUCCAGAUUCACAGCCAACUUUCUGAUUUUGUAUUCAUUUAUCCCAGUUCUUGUCAUCCUAGGAAUAAUUGUUUUUAAAAUCAGGGAUUAUCUCAUUAGCAGAUAGUAAAGAACAUUGCUGCAAAAUGGAACUUAAGCUCCCAGAUGUACAUGACUGCUUUGAAUUUCUGAAAUAAGAAUGUCACGUGAUUCUUAAUAGUACCUUGUAAGACUUUUAACCAUUAAGACUCCCUGUGCCCCUUGGAUCCAUGCAGGCCUUGAAUGCUAUUCCAGGAGGGACAUGUGGUAUUUGGAAAUUGUGACUGAGCUGGUCCAAAGAUGUAAAUAAUAAUUCAUAAAGUUGUGGGAGACUAGUGUGACUAUUUUGUUUUCUUUGUUCUAGACACAGAAAAAUAGGUUAAAGCUUAUGCUUACAUUUGAUAAAGGCUUUGGUAAAAAAGAAAACAUUUGAAUGAUUGUAAGUAACAGAACAAGAGUUGUGGUUUGAUUGAAGCAAAGCAUCAUGCA